GAAACUUGACAUAGUGAGACCUCCUCACUUUCUACACAUCUCUGUUAAUACUCAGUGAGAAGGAUGACAGAGGAUGGAGAGCCAAGCUGCGGCACAAGAAAUACACAAGAAAUAGCAAGAAGACAAAGUGCAUGAGUGUCGGUGCAUGAGGAUUCAGGUCCUGCUAGGAGAACCCAUGGAGCCAGACAUCAUCCCCUUGCACUCCGUCUCCCCCCCUCCACUGGAUGGUGACGGGGAGGUGGGAUCAGAGGAGGACGACUUUGGGGACUUUGGGGCAUUCUCCGUUGGGGAGUCACCUGAUUCCCUAUCCAGCUUCAGACAGCUUUCGUCUACCGCCAUAAAGCCAGCCGCCCUUCAAUCCACUGUUGAACAAUCCCAGCCCACAUCCACUGUGCACGUGGGGUCCGGUAGGGGUCAAGAAUGUACUGCUGAAUCAUCUGUGCACCUCACAAAUGGAUUCUCUGUAAGGAACCACAACUCUAGGACCCCCAUAACCUCUGCUGUUGGGGGUCCCAAGGAAGAAACGGGGUUUGCUGAUUUCACUUUGUUUACAGAGCAGGCGGAGCACCCCUGGUGCUGCGGCUUCUCUCCCAUCGACCGCAAAGAGCAAUGGGAUGCCAGAGGAAAGGAAGGAAGGAAGUCAUCCAACAGCUUGGGGGAACACAGGCAUGAUUCAGGACAGGAUGUUGUGAUGGACUCUGAGCCCAGGUCUCAUUGUGCAUGUGAGACAAAGAAGGAGAAUGUUUGCACUAAGGUCAAGCACUGUGAGAAAAGAGAUGCAGCACUCGUGCAAACAUCUCAGGACCAUGACCAGCCUCAGGAAGCUGCUUUGGAUUUCCAAUCGGAAGAGCCUAUUUCUAGAGAGGAGUGUGGGGACAUUCAGAGGGAAAGGGGGCAUUGUUUAAAUUCUUUACACACCACAGGGUUGACGGAGGAUGGAGAGUCAGAUGGAGAAGGUCGAGGAAACAGCAUUUCUACUGUCCCCCAAACAUUCAGUGUGUAUGAGUCUGCUUCAGAGGAUCUGACCUCCUUCUGUGAUGAUUUUUCAAUCGAGUGUCCUUCUUUAGAUUUAGAACCAAAUGUGUCAUCUCUUGUUUCCCAAGAUGAUGAGACUGACUGGGACCCGACUGAUGAUGAUGAGGAAGGAGAAGCGCUGGGAAAUGACAGACCGUCGGAAGAAGACAAGGGUUUUCACUUUCGCGACCAAUCUGUGACUCAGGAAACUUCUGCUACCUCCGAACUCUCACAAACUGGAACACAUGCUGAAGAAAACUUUGCAGACUUCAGAGAGUGCACGUUAGAGCAAGGACACAUCCAAAGUGAUGAUGAUGAUGAUGAUGAAGAGGGGCUGAGUCUAGGAAACCUCCCUCCGAGUGACAGCUUUGCAGAUUUCUGCUCAGCGCCCACGCAGGAGGACGGAGAGGACUCGUGGGCGGAGUUCAAGGACCAGAGGGCUCAGGAGGACGGGAGAACUUGGACCCAGUUCAAAGAGCCAGUCAGCAGCCUGCAGGCGGAUGGGGACACAGAGGAGGAGCCAGAGAGGGGGGGGCGGUGCGGGGGGUCCAGGAGGAACAGCUGUCAGGCGUCUCUGUCCUGCCGUGUCCAGCAGCUCCUCGUGGCUCACUUUCCAGAGGUGGAGGUCCCAGCUGUGGAAAGUGAGGAGGAGGUGCUCAGCCUCGGUGCCCUGCUUCAGGCCCAACACCUCCCUGAGAGUGAGGAGGGGGAGGAAGAGGAGGAGGAGAAACCUGCACUCUGUCCCAGGUCUCAGUGGAUUUGGCGGGGGGUGUGGUUGCCACACCAGGACCUCCAUGACGCAGUUGGCCUCAAGUUUCAGUGGGGGGGCUCCUACGCUAACAGGACUCUACUCAGGUGCCUUGGUGUGGAGACGAGGAACAUUAUGUUCAUUGGCAUGAAGAAGCAGCCAGUGGCUGUGCCAGCUUUUGCAUCCGGCCUGGGAAUGCUGGAGCCCACCAAAGACUCUGUACCAGCUGUCAGUUCUCCACGACACACAGCCGUCAUCACCACACAGACAACACCUCUAAAACCCCACGGCUCACCGGACCACUCAACAUAUUCAAUGCAGGAGGCGCUCCCCCCCCGGCAGCUGUCCUGGAGCAGCUCUCAGGACGGUACGUCCCCCCGCAGAGCCCCUCACUUCUGGGGCUGGAAGUAGACCACAGUUUGAGCCGUUCCUGCGUGGCUUCUUCUUCUUCUUCUUCUUCUUCUUCUUCUUCUUCUUCUUCUUCUUCUUCUUCUUCUAAUGAACCUCUGGCAGUUUCUCUGGACUCCUCCUCACUUCCUUCAGGGCAUGUUCUGCUGCUUUUAAUUUCCCCUUUGAUUCCCCUCCACUCAUUCAGUGGGUGACCACAACAUCUUGUGAUUUCACCUAAUUAAAUACAGUCUCUAUAAUCUGUCCAAACAAGAAAACUUGCACACAUAUAACAUCCAACAGACCCAGUCCCUAAACUUGGACUCAAAGUAAGACCGAUACAAAGCAUAAAAAUAACCCAUAAAUGAUUCCAGAACAAUCUUUGGGGAAACAUUGUAUUGGCUGCCCUUUUCUCCUUCCUUCAACUAGUGUCUCAUCUUUACCUGCUGCCAGCUUUUACAAAGAAUUCAUCUCAGUAUUUGUCAGUCCCAGUUGUUAUGUGGACAACACAUAUGUUGACGUGAUAAAACCUAGGGACUACAAGGGAAAACAGGAUGAACUCUUGGUGCAUUUCCUUUUAAACUACAACACAAAAUACCUGAGGGUAAGGCUAGAUAAAUCCCCAAAGCACUGACCUUAUUUACUCAUCCUAAUAUUAGUCAAUUCAUGGAGCAUCGUCACAACAUCUGCCAUGACGAUUACUUGGAUUUUUUUUAUACAAAAGGACAAUUUUAUUGUAUUUAUUUGUUACCACUGUGAAGGUUGAACUUACUCUUCUACCUUUUUCCCAGUACAUGACUAUAUAAUGCACUAAGAAUUAUAACGCCCAUAAAUCUGACACCAUUAUCCAGUUUCUGGCCCUUUUUCUAAACAGUGUUUAGUUUUCGUUGGAAGCUAUUUACUUGCCCAUAUGAGCUUGCCAAAAGGUAAAAUGUCCCACAAUUAAGUUAGAACUUUUGAUAUAGAGAAACCAAAAAAGACAACACAGGUAUUAGAGUGAUUCUUUGCUCAGGAAGUAUUUGAUGUAAUUGAUUUUUUGAGUAGUGUUUACAUCAGUAUUACACACAAAGGAUUUGUUUCUAAUUCAAUGACUAUAAUUAUUUAUACAUCAGUAAUUGUUGCUAUUAUUGUCGUUAUUUUAUGUGCAGGGCUUUCUUUGGUAAAUGUAAUAUAAUAAUUAAAAGACCGAACCAGAGAAAGACCAGAAAAAGUGUUGCAGAUUAGAUGCUGCUAAAGAAAAUAAGUGUUAUAUGAAAUGUGCUGCAGAACCAAUUUUGCAUGUUUUGGAAGUGGGCAAACUAAAAGUAUAAAAAAGAAGAAUGACAAAAUGUUUUAUAGCGAAACUAUUGCUCAUUAAGAUAACUGACUUUUCUUAAAUCACAAAAUCACAACGUGGUAAAAGUCAGCAUGCAGACAGGUUUGAGUUUAGGCCCUUUGUUUGAAGCCCCUACUUUUUUUGUGUGCAUUGAUUAAAAUGGAUCAUUGACGUCCAAACAGUGUUGGAAUAGUAAAGUUUGGACAGCAGAGGGCAGUAUAUUCUCUGUAGGUGCUCAAAACAUGUUUACUGUAUUCACGGGGAACAAAUGAAGAGAUUUUAGGCCCUUUAAAUUCAAACAACCAGUCGCCACUAAAGGAUGUGUUUGUAGUAAUACAUGUAUUGCUUUAUUAAUGCAUUUAUUGUGUGAUUAGGUUCCAAUGUGUUGGAGAUUAUUGUCAUAAUUCUAAUAAUCAUUACCGCUGUCAUUGUAUGCUGCUUUACUCAGUGUGCACUGAUGCAUAUUCAGUACCGUAUGAGCAGCUGGACAGGAUAAAGAAGUGUUUAUUUCCAAAGCAAUUCAGCCUGAAGAAAAUUCAUAACUGUCAAUAUUUCAUUACCAAUCAGAACUGUUUAUACAACUGGAGUUACAGUAAUUAAUAUGAGUUGUGCCUUUAUGCCAGCAAUUGUUUUCUAAAAGGUUAUUGGAUUUUGGACCUACGUAUAGCUAGUUUAUUUACAUUUUUUGUUUUUUAGAUGUACUGCUCAAAUCCAGAUGUAAUGCACUGACUGCAAUAACGACUUGUAGAACAUCCUUGUAAAUACUGAAAUAAAUCAGUCGAUCGUU